AUGGGACGACUCGUUCAACUAGGAGCUCUCGCCUACUUGUAUCUCGGCGCGGAGUCCAAGGCAUUGAGAUGGCAGGACGACACCCCGAGCUGGGUCCCUCCCAGGCAAACCAUUGCCGUGAUGAACAUGGAGGAGCUCGGCAUCAGUCCCAAACCCACGGCAGCACCUGACCCAGCCAAUGUUGAACUGAAGCUGGCUAAGCGUGCCAACAGCUCCUCUUUAGCAAGCCCUGAGUGCAUGACCUACGUCUACACUGGCUCUGCGUUCAAUCGGUACACCGCCUUCGGAUGCGCCGUCAGCGAAGAGAGAGUCACCGUCUACGCCAACCCUACAGAUGUCUCCGUCACGGAUGAAUCGACGAUAUUUGACACAUCUACAAGCACCACCUCGCCCACAAUCUCUACCCCGACACCGGGAUCUACAACUCCCGCCUCUGGGGGUUCUGGCGGUGGCGGCGGAUCAUCUACCCCGGUAGGCGCCAUCGUGGGUGGCGUCGUCGGAGGUGUAGCGGCCAUCGCACUCAUCGUCUUCGGCGUCAUCUUCCUUCUCCGCAAGAAGAAGAGGGAUACAGCCGCGAACAACGCCAACGACCAACCAACUCCCGUCACUUACAACGGCCCUCCACCGCCUCAGCAGGGGCAGCCGCAAAUGUACCAGCAACCCACAGCCCCACCGACGCAGCAGCCGUCGCCUGGAGGUUAUGGCCCCCCGCAGGGUGGAAACUAUCCGCAGGGCUUCGCUCCUGUGGAUAACAGGCAGAGCAUGCUUAAGCAGCCGUACGAAGUCACAACGGGCUCACUGGUGUCAGCCCGCCCGCGAGCCCGCCGCCUAUGA